UCACACAUUCUGCCUUCAGAUUAGCAACGCACCUGCGCUCCCGCGCAGUGCGUAGACAUCCACAGCCACGACGUCGAUGUCUGCCGGCUGCCCACCCCAUGAAGACACUCCCGGUGAUCCCUUCCCUCCGCGGCCACCUCGCCGGAGCUCGCCGCACCCGCCAUGACUCUCCCAAGAUCAUGUCCGUUCCCGCCCUCGUCGCCUUCCUCAUCUUGGCAGCCGUCACGUUCUCGGUCGUUUUCCUCGGCCCCUUCCAGUGGUCACCCACCUCCUCCCUGAUCUCCUCCAGCGCCGGCGCCGAAUGCGACAUGACGCGUGGCCAGUGGGUGCGCGACCCCGCCGCGCAGCCGUACUACACCAACGCGACGUGUGCCUUCAUCGAGGGCUACCAGAACUGCAUGAAGCACGGCAAGCCGAGCCUUGAGUUCCUGCGGUGGCGCUGGCGGCCCGACGGCUGCGGCGACGAGCUGGGCCGCCGCUUCGACCCCGCGAGGUUCUUCCGGCUCGUCCGGGGCAAGUCGAUCCUCUUCGUUGGGGACUCGCUGGCCAGCAGCCACGUCCGGUCGCUCGUGUGCACCUUAGCGCAGUUGGAGGAACCGGAGAGGUCGCGCUCGCCGGGGGGAUUCGAGCACUGGUGGUUCCCGGCGCACCGGUUCACGGUGACCUUCUUCUGGACGCCGUUCCAGGUGCGGUGGCGCCUGACGCGGGGGCCGCCGGAGGCGAUCGGGCCGGAGAGGCAGGGAGAAGUGUUCGCCGGCCCCACCGACCUCCACCUCGACGAGCCCGACCAGCGGUGGGCGCCGGCCGCCAAGGGCCACGACUACGUGGUCGUGUCCGCGUCGCACUGGUUCACGCGCCCCGCCGUGUACUACCGCGGCGGCCGCGUCGCCGGGUGCCACGGCUGCGGCAUGGCGAACGUCACCGCGCUCAGGCCGGAGCACGCGCAGCGCGCCGCGUUCCGCACCGUGCUCCGGGCGCUCGCCGGGAUGGAGGGGUUCAAGGGGACCGCGAUCCUGCGGACGGUGGCGCCGACGCACUACGAGAACGGCGGGUGGUUCGACGGCGGGGAGUGCACGGCCACGGAGCCGGCCGACCCCGAGGAGCCGGUGGAGAUGGCGGAGCCGGAGGGCGAGUUCUACAGGGCGCAGGUGGAGGAGUUCGCGGCGGCGGCGGAGGCCGCGAGGAGGAACGGCGUGAGGCUGAGGCUGAUGGAUGUGACCAAGAUGAUGCUUCGCCGGCCAGACGGGCACCCCGGCCGGUACGGCCACGGCCCCGGCGAGCACGAGGGCUUUGACAUUGACUGCUUGCACUGGUGCCUGCCGGGACCGAUCGAUUUGUGGAACGACCUGCUGCUUCAGAUCCUUGCCGGCCGUUAGACGUGUUCCGUUGCCGUUGUCUUGGUCUUGGGAUCGGAUCAGCGAGUGGGCAAAAUGAAAAUGAAAAUUUUCCUUCGGUUUUGAUGAUGUUCUAUUGAAUUUUUGUUGGCCAUCCAUUGAUAUAUACUUCC